GGAUUACAUUUCAAUCUUUUCCAGCCGCCUUUGGAUUGAGCUUUUAAAGAAAAAUAACAAUGAUCACAGAUGGCAGGUGCCCCGCCCACUGUGGGAGGAGCUUAGUUGUUCGCAGCCCUUCUUUCUUACUUUGGGGAUUCCAGCUGUAAUUCUCUUUGGCUGCGGAGAUAUAACAAGCAGAGGUCACCACCAUGGAAGGGAGGCAGUGAAUUGGGAGGGCGCUCGAGGAGGAGGAGAACUGCAAAUCGUUUUGGGAAAAGAAAUCUGAGGUGGAGGAUAACGCAGAAGUCCCAGAAAUGGACACUCGCCCCAUCACCGUCGGACAGCUAAGGAAACCAUGGAUGAGUUUACUGCGUCAUUAUGAACACCGAUGCUUUACCCGCUGCCUGGCUGGCUUGUACAGCUGUCAGUGGCAACGGGAUCGCCAGAACAGGAUUGAGCGGGGCCAGUGCUGCUGCUGCAGGAGGGAGUGCAUCUUUUUCCUCCUGGUGUGCCUGACAUUCUGCCUUUGGUUCGUCUUUCUGUACCUGUGGGGAGAAACCAAGAAUGACUACCAUAAUUUUGACUGGUACAAUUAUGGGAAUUUGGGCUUUUGGUUUCACUGGUCUGCCGUCUUCCUGAUCCUCGCUGCCGUCGUGUUCACCUAUCUCUUGUUAUUACUAAUCAUAGCGGUGUGUCUGAUUUCAGAGAGGCAGCGGUUGUAUCUGCACUGGAGUCACAAGAUCGCGAUGGUGUUUGCCCUGGGCAUCUCCUGCUUUGCCUUUGCGAUGGUAACGCUUCUCUGGAGGGCGCAGUGGAGCACGUUCUACCUGUCCUUUCAGGUCACAGCUCCCUUCCUCCACAUGGUUGCCGUAUUCAUUAUGGUCCUCCUGGCGUGGCCAGUGGCUCUUCAUUUCUUCUGGACAGACAACAAAGUUCUGCAGGUAUUGAUUAUUUCCCCCUACUUGGCCAUCCUCCUCUGCCUUCUCUUCAUUCCCCUGGGGUUGCAUUCUCCCUGUAUUAUGGAGAAGGGGGCGUUGGGUCCCAAGCCGCACCUGAUUGGCCACAGAGGAGCACCAAUGGUAGCUCCUGAAAAUACAGAGAUGUCGUUCAGAAAAACUGCCGCUUACGGUGCUAUCGGCUUUGAGACGGAUGUCAAAAUUAGCUUGGACGGCGUCCCCUUCCUCAUGCAUGACGACACGCUAGAAAGGACCACCAACAUUGAGGCUGUCAAUCGCACGUGGGCGAAGGUGUUUGCUGCCAACUUCCCCUGGAGUGAACUGGACAAGCUGAACUCUGGAAACUGGUUCUUUGAGAAGAGACCAUUCUUUGAAAUGCCCCCGCUCUCGCCUGAGGAUGAAAAACUGGCAAGAAAACAGAGAGUCUACAAGCUCAGCGAUCUCUUGAAACUUGCCUAUCAGGAGGACAAACUGGUCCUCUUUGAUCUUCAGUACCCUCCAGCGUAUCACCCUUACAGGGACACCUGGAUCAACAGAAUCGUGGAGGUCCUCCAAAACGAAAUGGGGAACAAAUCCCACUUGGUCCUGUGGCUGGAACCAAGGGAUAGAUCCAUUGUCCAGAGCUUAGCUCCUGAAUUCCAGCAGACCUCAGGCACAGCUUACCCAGUUGAGGUCCUCCAGGUGAAGGGCAUUUCCAGGCUCAACUUGGACUACAGAGAUUUGCGCUGGGUAGAUAUUCGGGAAUACGCGAAAGCCAACAUCUCAACCAACCUCUGGGUGGUCAGCGAACCAUGGCUGUUUUCCUUGGCGUGGUGCUCUGGGGCCGAUUCUGUCACCACCAAUGCCGUCCACACCCUAGGGAACUUCCAGCGGCCUCUAUUCCUCUUGACACCCGGCGAGUACCGGAGUAUGUGGAUAGUGACAGACGUCUUGGCGGUCCUCUUCAUCCUUCUCAUAUUCACUUUUCACUGGUGGAGAGAGGUGGGCCACACCACCUACGAAGCUCAAAGCAACGGGACCUUUGAUAAUGAUCUAUGCAGCACACCUGAGACAGGUGAGCCUUGCCCUCUCUACCUUCUAGCAGGCAAGAGUAUUUCUCCAUCCAGCACCAACCUGCUCCAGCUCUUAAGGAGAGCUUCCCCGCCUUUACCUGCCACCUGAUCAGCACCUUUAACUGAAGAUGGAAGGCCGUUUUGCUCGAUGAAGACCUACGUGGAACAGGAAGUCCUCACAUUCUCCUUCCUGCCCAAGAGCAUCCAAUGGCCAGGCUGGGUGGACAGAGCCGGACAGGGUCUGCUUGGCCGAGGGGGCAGGAAACUGCAGGACAAAGGUUCACUCCGGGGGGGCAGGUGAUCUUCACACAAACAAGGGAAAAUCCAAUAUAUUUCUGCCUGCUUGGCACCUUUCCAAAGGGCGCUUGACUGAGAAUGUGAUAUAUGUAGUUUGUGCACGCACACAUGCACACACACACACACGCACACACACAAAACAAGUACUAGGGCCUGUUACCCCUGCUUGCACCACUUGCCUACCCCAUCCCCCCACCUGACCGCCCUCCCUUCAUUUUGCACCCCCUCUCCCUCCGCCACAGCUUGCCCCAAGCCCCACCAACUUUUCAAGGAGCAGGGAGGCGCUUCACAGAGCGGCUUGCUAAACCGCUCUGCGAAGCAACGGCACCGACUUGGGCCUCACACUGUGAGUGCCCAGCAUGGCCCGCCCACACUGUGAUGUCAUGAUGCACAUGCUGUGACAUCAUGACACAUGCUGUGGUGUCAUGACAUGGUAGUGGGGGGGGGGUGAGCUCCGGUGGCGCUGCGACUGGACCCCUCCCUCCCUUCCGAACUCCAUGCUCUCUCUUUCCCCAACUCUGUGCUCUCUCUUCCACUCCACGCUCUUUCCACGGAGUGUGGUGCCCGCAUGCCUGCCCCCAUGUUUUGUGGGUGCCCAGCCCCUAUAUGGGGAAUUUUGUGGGUGCUCGGGCACCCAGAGCCCCGGGGAGAUGGCACCUAUGGUGUGAAGCCUGCCUCCUGUUAAACUGCAGGUGAACAGUGGCUUCCUAACUCGCUGUAUGAAGCACCUCCGCACCACCAUUGAACAACUCACCUGGGCCUGCCUGCCAUUCCUUGUGCUGCAGUUGGCGUGGGAACUACGUAGGGUGAUGACUUUUUUCAUUUUUUUUUUCUCAAAAAUUAUUUCCUGUAGCGCAAAUGGAUGAACUUUUGCCUAUUAAUGAUUAAAAUGAGGUAUAUCCCAUUGAAAUAUUUAAAAAGGUUACGCACAAACUGUUUUUAAUUUUUUUGUAUGCCGUUUUACCAUUUCAUAAAAUUGUACAGUGGUACCUCUACUUACGAAUAACUCUACUUACGAAUGUUUCUACUUACGAACGGAGCUCCGUCCGCCAUCUUGGAUGCGGUUUAGAUAGGAUUUUUUCUACUUAUGAAUUUUUAGAUAGGGUUGCUUCGACUUACGAAUUUUUUCUCCCAAUGCAUUCCUAUGGGAUUCGACUUACAAAUUUUUUCGACUUACAAAUGUGUGUUCGGAACGCAAAAAAUUCGUAAGUAGAGGUACCACUGUAUUAACAAUUCUAUACUGUAUAUAUUUCGUAUCUAAUUUGGACACAACACCACAUUCCACAAUGGGGAGUGUUCUUAGCAACACAGGGUAUACAAAUGUCACACCUGCGCAAGGUAAAAGCCCUUUUUCGGGACCUCAAAACUCAGCCAGCACUCCCUGCCAGGCAUGCUGGGAAAAGAACCUACAGGAGAGGUAGCAAAACAUCCUCCUCUAGUGGCGUCUAUACUGUUACUGCAGCUAAAAAAAAGCUUCCUUGUGUGUUUGAUGACCCUAUAUAUAAUGUUGUAUAUAUGUGACUCUAAAGCUUGGGUUCAAUUUUAUAUCUGCUUACAGUGACUUCAAAAAUGGUCAAAAAACUGAUAAAUAAAAUUUUUAAAAUCAUUUUGUGCGUGAGGUUUUUUUUAAUCAAAUCUCUUUGAAAGUAAGAUUUUAUCUAAUCUUUAAUGAAAGCUCAUCAAAUUAUGAUACAGGGAAAUGAGGUUGUAAAAAA